CCCCUCUCCACUACCACACAAGCGCACCCUGGGGUCACAUGGCCAGGAACGUCUCUGGUGGAGGUGUGAGCAAUGUCUUUCAAAUCUGAGGCUGUUCGACCUAGUCGGAACAACGGUGCUUUCAUGUGGCAGCCAUGACGACCUACAACGUUGACAGAGAAGAAUUGAAGGCGCUGAAAGGCAAAACAAUACUCAUAACAGGAUGUUCUUCUGGCAUUGGACGUGCGACGGCCGAAUUGGCGCAUGAGCAUGGUGCCAACCUGGUCCUGGCAGAUUGGAACGAAGCACAGUUGACCAGUUUCGUAGAGAGUCUAAGCCCACGCGACAAUGUAAUCUCUCGGAAAACUAAUGUUGCACGUUGGGACGACGUGAUCCAAAUUUUCCAAUUGGGGUGGGAGAAGUUCGGAGCCAUCGAUGCCGUGGUGUCGAAUGCAGGUGUCAACUCGGGCGAGGUGUUACUCCAGCAUGAAAUCGACCCUCAAACGGGCCUCUUGCGAGCUCCGAAGCUCGAUACGCUUGAGAUUAAUCUGACAGCCCACAUUUACAUGUGCAAAUGUGCGGCAUAUUACUUCGAGAAGCUGCCAGGAAGGAAGUGCCAAAUCGUCCUCACAGCCUCGGCAGCAGCCUUUCUCGACACGCCACCUCUCUACCUGUACUCGACUGCGAAAGCAGGAGUCGUGGGCUUAAUGCGUUCACUGCGAAACGAUUUGGUAAAAGCCGAUGUUACCAUUAACGCUGUCGCCCCGUGGUUCACAGGUCCAUUGGGACACGUCAUUAACCCGUCGACAGCAACUCCAAUGGUCCCAAAAGCACUGAACGAUCUCUGGGGAGAGCUGCCGGCCAACACCCCGGCUGGAAUCGCAGUUGCGCUUUUGCUACCAACGGUCCGACCUGAUACCAACGGCAAGACCUUUUUUGUUGCAGGCAACGAGAUUGUCGAGCUCGAAGAUAGCCUAGCGAAAAGUCAGCCUCACUGGAUGGGUCACAGUCUGAGCAGGGAUAUUGACGAGGGACAAAGAAGGCUCCUGACCGCAGAACCGUUCAUAUAA